AUGGAGUCUGGCGCCUUACGGCCUCUCGAUGAAUCGCUUCUCCGCGAACUUCCUCAACUAUCUCUCCGUAUCGCCCCUCUACGAGAACCAGUAUCCUCACGAACCCUAAGCGUGCCAUCGCCCCUCGAACCCAAUGCCAGUGGGGCACGGGACUCGAAUAAUCUAUCCAAUUCGAAUAGCAAUAGUGGAAAGAUCCCUGCAAAUGCAAAGGCAGGCCUGCCGACAGUUACGGAAUUUCUGAACGCUGCGCGUAUCAGGAAAACCGAACUUUCAGCAGACUCGCAAUCAAAUGUGGAACGACCCCCGAGGCCGAUACUUCCGGCUUUUGUGAAUCUGCGUGCCUUGGAGAAGUUUCCAUUCUCGUCAUCCUUCGAUGAUGACGCCCUCCAAGCCCCCCGCAAGCGUCGACGCCGAGACCCCCAGGCCGAUUCAUUUAGCGAGCAUCUACAGUUGCCGAUCCCUCAGGCCCAGAAGGAGCAGCGGCCUCCUCCAUUCGGGCCAUUUGCUAUUUUGAAUGGAUUGAAUGAGCCCCCACCAAAUGCUGCCCUUCUUCCACCCAUUGAGGCUGGGUCUAAUAUUUCCCAGCUUUUGACUAAGCCCUCUGGAGGCAAUGCUGCUGUUGACCCUGCGACCUUAGUUUCAGCUCAUGGGACAAUAUCAGAUGGUCAAACUGCAGAAAGACGGGAUGUUAGACUUGAAGAAGUCCUCAGAACGUCUCUCAAUGGGGAUGAGGACAAUGACCAUAAUGAAAAUAAUGAAAACAUUGGAAGUACUGACCCAGUGGAUCCUGAUGAGAUUGUCCUAGCUGUUCGCGAUGCAGAAAUACCCAAGACCAGCAAGGCAUUGCCACACUCUCCUGGAGAGGAUACACCAAUGUCUCCUAAAACUCGCGGCCGGUCCCGUAAAAACCUGAGAAAGUGGACCGAAGAAGAGACGACUACUUUACUUCGAGGUGUGGUCAAAUGUGGGAUUGGGAACUGGACUGCUAUUCUUGCACAACCGGAACUGGAGUUCAAUCAGCGAACUGCCUCAAAUUUGAAAGACAGAUUCCGAGUCUUAUGUCCUUGGGCGUACCGUGCAUCCGAUCCCAACGAAGCUGCGAAACAAUUACAUGACACUCUUGCUAACGCCCUACUCAAAGCCAAAGCAGAGGGCUCUGAGUCAAAGUCUGAGGCAGGAAGUCCGGCUUGCAAUUCACAUAAACCUUCCAUCUCGAGUACCAUCUCAUCCACGCCCGAUACAGAUCCCGGUAGUAGUAGCAUUGCCCAAUCGCAGUCGCCAUCAUCAGGAAACAGCACACCCGCUCCCUCAAGCAAGUCCCAAAUAGCAUUUGCAUCUCUUGGAAUCCCCGAACCACACGUCGCAAAGUCCAAACGUCGCUCCCGGCGACCCUUCACAACUGCCGAAGACGAAGCCCUCCUAAAAGGCUAUGCAGUGCAUGGCUUCCAAUGGACCCUAAUCCAACAAGAUGCACGAUUGAACCUAAGCCACCGCAAAGCGACAGAUCUCCGCGACCGCUUCAGAACAAAGUUCCCACACGCCUAUCGCGACGGCGGCUCUGUGAGCGGCAAAGCCCUCACCACCCACAACCAGGCCCAAGAGUCAGCUGCAGGAGCGUCGACACCCCGUCCCCACGCUAUCAGCGCUGAACAAUCUCCAAGCAAGGCUUACGCCAUGACUCCAACUCCGACUACCACUCCCCACAACUCGGCGUCGAGGAGUCGUCACGCUGCUACCCCUUCGCAGUCCAAUCUCGCCCAGAUUGAUCCCGCGCUCUUGCCCCCACCUCCGCAGGGCUUUUUGGAGCACUCAAUGAAUCUUCCACCCGCUGCUGUGGGUGUGCUUUCUUUCUCUUUGGAUGAUGGUGCUGGGGCGGGUGCUUCUUCCGCAGUGGAGACACCUUGGGAAGAUAAUACCCUCGCUCCUAUGAUUUGGGAUGAAUUCGCCUAA